AUGAAAAAGCACAGCAUUGUGAAGCAUAACUUUGAUUUUCAUUCGGACAAAAGAACUCAGGAUCCACUAAACAUUUCACACAUUCUUUUAUUUAAAACAUUUUGUCUGGUACCAAAAUCAAGAUUAACAAGAUCUCAUUGUUUUCGUUUCAAUAUGAAGGUUUACCAACUAUCCAGAUUAAGUUUCACAAUAGAUGAGAGAAGAAGACUAUUAAAGGCUCAUGAUGAUGAAUUGAGGUCGAAAUCGAUAUGGUUUUACACACUCAUCGGAUUUAUAUUCCCACCUCUCAUACAUACUUUAGAAAAACCACAGAGUUGUUUGUUUUUAUAG